AUGCCCCGGGGACAGAAGAGUAAACUCCGUUCUCGUGAGAAACGGCGCCAAACCCGAGAUGGGCCUCCUCAGAAUCUUGAAGAUGCUCAGGCUACUACAGCAAAGGAAGAAGUGGCCACCUCUUGCUCUGAUGAUGCUGCUUCAGGCACCUCAGCCACUGGCUUUUCCCAAAAGUAUCAGCAAGCUCCACCUAAUGCUGUGGCUGCUGUAGGCAUUUUACCCAAAAAGUCUGGUAAAGGUAGCAGGAGCAGAGGGGCAGAAGGUGAGCAUACCUCUAAGGCUGCAGUGGCCAGGGAUAGAGGAUGGAAAGAUCUGCUAAUGAGGAAGUCAGGGCUGGUGAUGCAAUACCUGCUGCUCAAGUAUAAGAUGAAAGAGCCCAUUCUGAAAGGGGAGAUGAUAAAAAUAGUCAAUAAAAGGUUCAAAGAGCACUUCCCUGACAUCCUCAAGAGAGCUUCUGAUCGCAUAGAUCUGGUCUUUGGUCUUGAGUUGAAGGAAGUCAAGCCUAAGGGUAACUCCUAUACCCUAGAAAACAAGCUGGACCUCAGCGACAAUGAGAAUCUCAUCGGUAACUUGGGUUUUCCCAGAACCGGGCUUCUGACACCUCUGCUGGGUGUGAUCUUCUUAAAUGACAACUGCACCACAGAAGAGGAGAUCUGGGAAUUCCUGAAUACCUUAGGAGUCUAUGAUGGUUGUGAUCACUUCAUCUUUGGAGAUACCAGGCAGCUCAUCACGCAUGAUCUAGUGCAAGAGCAAUAUCUGGAGUACCGUCAGGUGCCCAACAGUGAUCCUCCUCGCUAUGAGUUCCUGUGGGGUCCCAGAGCCCAUGUUAAAUCCAACAAGAUGAAAAUCAUGGAGUUUUUAGCCAAAGUUAAUGAAGCUGAUCCCACUAUUUUUCCAGUCCAUUAUGAAGAGGCUUUGAGAGAAGAGGAAGAAAGAGUUCAAAGUGAAACGACAACCAGCCGUGGCACCAGUGCUAAAGCCAAAUCACGUCGUAAGGUCAAGUCCAAAAACUCUUCUUAG